AUGAACUCGUGGCCGGAGUACGACGAGCAAGUCGCCUUGCUGAGGAGCAGGCUGGUGGACACCUACUGGGACGCCGCGCCGGCGUGGUACAGGGAGGAUGUCGUCGGCUACUACCGCGCGGCGAGGCGCUGGCGGAUGCGGGAUUGGUGGGUAGUACGCUUCGUCGUCGCCCCUACCAGCGCAGUCAUGAUCGCCGACGCAAGCUUUCCACUUGGUAUUGAUGUUGAUCCUCUCUACUCGCGAUUAGGAAUCAUGCCUAGGAAAAGAUCCCGUGCUAGAAGAGUACUAGAGGAGUCAUCAUCCGAUGACGAUGAAUUGCUAAUAUUAUCGACUGCUCAACUUGUGCAAGCCGCCUUCUCCAAUGAAAAAGGAAAACACGGUGGCUCUGUGAAAGGUCAUAGAGUUCUUCACCGUGAUAGACAAGGCGGACACGACAGGAUGUUUCAAGAUUACUUAGCGGACAAUCCAACAUACACCGAUGAGAUGUUCCGUCGGAGGUACAGGAUGUCUAGGGACCUUUUCAAGCGCAUAAUGAAAGCUGUGGAAGAGCAUGAUGAUUACUUUGUCCAGAAAAGAAAUGCGGCCAAUGUUCUUGGACUGAGUUCCUUCCAAAAAAUCACUGCAGCAAUGCGUAUGCUUGCAUAUGGGGUUCCUGCUGAUGCGACGGACGAGUAUGUUCGCAUUGGCGAGAGUACUGCACUUGAGAGCCUGCGCAGAUUUGUUCGGGCAGUUAUUGAAGUUUUUGGUGAUGAAUACCUCAGGAGCCCUAAUGAAAAGGACAUAGCACGCUUACUUGCAUUGGGUGAGAAAAAGGGAUUUCCGGCGGAAGGUAUUGCUCCAGAAGUGAAGUUUACCGUUAACGGCCAUGACUACACAAUGGGUUAUUACCUUGCAGAUGGUAUAUACCCCUCAUGGGCUACUCUCAUCAAGUCCAUCACUCUGCCUAUGGGGAACAAGAAGCAAUAUUUUGCCAAAGCACAAGAAGCAGCGAGAAAGAUGGUCGAGAGAGCUUUAGGUGUUCUUCAAUCAAGGUGGGCAAUUAUUCGAGGACCCGGACGCCCUUGGGACAGUGAGACUUUGGCACUGAUCAUGAGGGCUUGUAUCAUCAUGCACAACAUGAUUAUAGAAGAUGAAGGAUACGUGGUUGAUCCUCAGGAGCGUUUUGAUUAUGGUGGUGACAAUGUGGAGCCUGAACAUGGUAGAGCUCAUCGCACACUUGAAGAAUAUAUUGAAGCGCAUAGAAAGAUCAGAGACAAGGACACCCAUGUGCAGUUGAAGGAAGACCUCAUCGAACACCUGUGGAACAAUCACUUUAGUCUUAGCAAAUUUAUAUUGUUUCAAGCGCAAUGA